CCGUGGUCAUCCUGUUCCCCGCCGGUGGCCAUGGCGGUGGCAGUCGGACCCUGGUCUGGGCUGCUCGACUACAAGACGGCGAAGUUCGCGCUGACACGGAACCGGCGGGUCGGGCUGCUGCACCGCCUGCUGCAGCUCGGUGUGCUGGGCUACCUGCUCGGGUGGGUGCUGCUGGUGCGGAAGGGCUAUCAGGACACCGACCCUGCCCCCCGCACCGCCGUUGUCACCAAGAUGAAGGGUUCGGCGGUGGCCGGAGAGAGGGGUGCGGGAUGGCAGCUGUGGGACGCCGUGGACCAAGCCUGGCCCCCACAGGGAGAAAAUGUGCUUUUUCUGGUGACCAAUUUCAUCACUACAGCCAAGCAAACCCAGGGCACAUGUCCCGAGAGCCCCUCUGUUCUCGAGGCAACAUGCACAGAAGAUGCAGACUGUCCCGUGGGGAACACUGUGGUUCAUGGCAAUGGGAUAAAAACUGGGAAAUGCAUCAUGUUCAACACCACUCAUUCAACCUGUGAGAUCUAUGGCUGGUGUCCUGUGGAGAACAACACCCUGCCCAGGAAACCUCUUCUGGAUGAGGCAGAGAAUUUCACUCUUUUUAUAAAAAAUACUGUCCACUUCACCAAAUUUAACUUCUCCAAGUGCAACACUUUGCAAACUAAUGACCCCACCUAUUUCAAGAGCUGCACAUAUGAUGCUUUCCUCAACCCCUUCUGCCCUGUCUUCCGUGUCCGUGACAUGGUGGAGGCAGCUGGAGAGAACUUUGGAGACCUCGCACUGCUGGGGGGGAGCAUUGGAGUGCGCAUUGAGUGGGACUGCAACCUGGAUCACUCUGCUGCCCUGUGCCAGCCACAGUACUCCUUCAGCCUGCAGGACAGGAGGUACAAUUUCAGAACUGCCUCCUACUACUGGGACUCCCAGAAGCAGCUCUACAGGAACCUGUUGAAGUUCUACGGCAUCCGCUUCGACAUCUCUGUGCACGGGCAGGCUGGGAAGUUCAGCAUAAUUCCUACUGCCGUCAGCUUUGGCACCGGCAUUGCCUUCUUCGGUGUCGCCACAGUGGUCUGUGACCUGGUUCUGCUCUACCUGGACACAAAGGCUGACAUGUAUUGGAAGGAGAAGUUUGAAGAGGCAAAACCUCCUGAAAGUAAGACAGAGGCUGCAGCUUAGGGACAUCAGGAAUGCUCUGCCACCAACAUCCUUCACUUCAGAGUGGUCUCCAGGUAGAUGUGAUGGGGGAAUGGCUGCCGUCCAGGUGGAGAUGGACAAGUUCUGGCUUGAGUGUGUGUUACUGGGGUUCCUGUCUGCCCUUCCUGGAGAAGCUCUGGUAUCAAGACGUUCUUGGCUCCUGGAAUACAAAGCCAUCCCACGUGCAGCUCCCAGCACCAACAAGCCAGUGACAAAGCAGAGCUAUUCUGUGGAGCUGCUGUGGGAAGCAGAGCUUGCUGAGGGGCAGCUGACCCAUGCUUAGCACAAGAGGCUUA